UGAGAGUCUUGUCCCUCUCGGUUGCUGCUGAGUGUUUUUCCCUGGCCUUCUUCGGUUGAUCUUCUGGAUCCAUCACACUUGCUCAUCUCGUCGGCCUCACGCCUUUCUUCUGCCUCCCAUCCAGACCCUUUCGAUCUUCCGGUCCAUCCGCCCUCCCCUCAGCCCCCUCCUGAACCCCUGUGACGUACCGGCGUUUGUCCCACCGACGGCCACUAUAAACAGCUACCCCCCCUAUUUUCUUCGCUAGCUGCCCAACGGUGCUUCUCGAAUCGGUCUGCAUGUCCCUGACUACUUGAUCGAGUUGGCUCGAACUUGAAAAUGGCCUCCGUUACCUCGCUCGACAAGGACCUGCGCAAUUUGCGCCUGUCCCGCUAUACCCCGCAGGCAGCAGCGGAAGUCCGUACCUGGAUCGAAGAAGUGCUUCACGAAAAGCUCCCAGCAGGAGAUCUUCUUGAUGCCUUACGAGAUGGCGUUGCGCUUUGCAAGCUUGUGAAUCUGGCAGUCUCCCCCGGCGUCAAGUACAAGCAGUCCUCGAUGCCCUUUGUGCAGAUGGAGAAUAUCUCUCACUUCCUUCGCGCGUGUCAAAUUCAGCCCAUCAGCCUUCCUCCGCAUGAUGUCUUCCUCACUGUCGAUCUCUACGAAGCCAAGGAUCCCGCACAGGUCCUGCAGUGUCUUACGUCUUUCAGCAGACGUGCCAAUGCCCUCCAGCCUAGCAAGUUCCCUCGCGCACUGGGCCCCCAGAGCAAGGCAGCGAAUUUGAGCCCGAAUGCUACCGGUUCCAGCCAAGGCGCAUACACGCCCACCAAGUCGAGUGUUUCCGGACACUCGAGUCCGGCAAGGUCUCCGAAGCCCGUCAGCAGUUGGAGCAAAAAGUCAGAUGAGGUUGUCACGGCUCCGGCCUGGAACAUUCACCAGUACGGCUACAUGGGUGGCGCCAAUCAGGGCAACCAAGGUGUCGCCUUUGGGGCCCGUCGGCAGAUUACCUCUGCUGCCCCCCGGGUGCCUAGUCUGGCGGAGAAGGAAAAGCGGAGACAGGAGGAACAAGAACGACAGCUUUUGGAGCAGCAAGAAGCUGAGCGUCGCCGCCAACAAGAGCGUGAGGCGGACGAGGAGCGUGCUCGAAUUGAGGAGGAACGCCGAUGGGAGGAGGAAAGUGCUCGUCAGAGGGAAAAGGAACGACGCAAUGUUGAGGAUGAGAGAAAGCGUUGGGAGGCACAACAGCGCAAAUGGGAAGAAGAGGAACAGCAACGUGUGCGAGAAGAGAAAGAAACUGAAGAUAGGCUGGAGCGUGAACGGUUGCAGCGGCGAGAGGCGCACGACAGUCGCCUCAACGGACAGUUCCUCAGUCAAUAUCAAGCCAGUCUGCCAAGUCCUGCCCAACCGGUAUCCAGCGAGACUCGUGAAAGGCAACGGAUCCGAGAACUUGAACGCGAGUUGGAGCGCGCGAAGGAGAGAGAGCGCCAAUAUGAGCGCGAACGCCAGGACAAGGGCCCGGGGUCGCCCCAGUCUCCUCGAAGCCCCCGCCCCGUCCCUGUGCCACCCAAGCCAAGCUAUGAUCUGUCUUCGCUGGAGCAGGAACGCCGCAUGCUUCGCACCGAAUGGCAGAACCACCGCGAUGAGGGACUGGCCGAGGAGCCGAACAGCCCUCCGGCCAUGCCCCCACGGCCCCUCCCAGAGCCAACCGAGGCGAAGCCAGCCAUGCCGCCCCGUCCCCUCCCUGACCCAGUCGCCUACGCCGCUCAGGCCCAAGCGCAAGACAGCCGUGUCGACCGCUUCCUCGCCUCGAAUCGCCCACCUACCGCACCCAAGCCCGCCACCCACCGUCCACAGGACUACACAACAACAGCGGAGGUCGAUGCCGAGAACAGCCGUCGCGCAGCAGCCCAGGAGAAGACCAAAGCCGGCGGCUGGGCCUCCAAGUCCCUCCUCGAGCGGGAGAUGGAACGUGAACGAGAGCGCCAGCGGGAGUGGGAAGAGGACCAAAGACAAACCCAAGAGGCCGCCGCCAGAGGCGUUGGAGGAGCACGCCGACAGAUCAUUGGCCCGCGCCCACAAUCGUAAACAACUGAAGUUUACAUCUAUCCAGUAUCCACAUCAUCUCACCUCAUUGAUAUCCACCUCCGCAGCUGCGAAGUUUCAUAUACCCUUUUACCCUACGCGGUCUUGGUUAGUUACCACUAGGUUUGCUUUUGGGCGGAGGGAUGAUUUCUGGGUUUUAGUUUACAAAAAUCGCAUCAUGUAAAUAGUUAUUUAUUUUCGCUGCACCGUGAUUUGGGUCACAAAUUUUGAUAGACAUUUUACAAUUUUCAUGGUUUGCAGUAAGGGUAUCUAUGCAUUAGUAGUAGUUUUUCAAGGACGUUCUCUUGAUUGGUCAAACAAUAAGUGUCAGACAGGAAUAGGUCAAUCA